UUUUAUUUAAUAACUUCAGCAAAUUAUAAAUUAACUUCACUCUUCUUUACCUUUCUGUUUCAUAUUUAAAUAGAUAAAACUUCUUAACUUUAAAAUUUAGUUUAAAAACUGAUUCUUUUGACUUUGCUGCUUAAGGAGAUAAGUAUAGACUUGGGUAUUUCCUUUUGAAAAAAUGCACUAAACUCAGUAACUUUGGCUCAUAUAAUCCCUGUCACCCUAACUCCUCUCUCUAUCCAAGUAAAUAACUCUCACACUAUGUCUGCCUAAUUACCUGUGGCAUAGUUACACCUCUGGCAGAUUAAAUUAACAUAGAGCAUGCCUAAUUCCCCUUGUUCACCUGCCUAAGUGCCCUGUGAUUGAUUGUGCCCCUUGAUUAACUGUCUGGGAGUGGAUGGAAUCUGCUUUUUGGCAAAUAAUACCUCGACUCUCCUCUGCUGCUCUCAUGCCCAGUAACCCUGGGAACAGCGCCCUGGCUCAGCCAGUUGGGAAUGGAUGGAUUAACCGUAGUCUCUGUUGUAGCUGUGCCCUGUGCAGUAACUCUGGUGUUGGGUCAGGUAUUGACAUGGACGUUUCUCUUGUCUUUCCAACCACAGGAUUGAUCUCAAGUUAAACAAAAAGCCAAGAGCCGACUACUAGAGCCAUCAGUGCUGAUGCUCCUGGGAUUUAGGUCUGUGACUCCCCACUGAGAAGCCCUGAAGCAGGAUGGCAGCUGCAGCAGGAGUGACUCACUCUAAGGGACUUGGAUGGGGGGAGGAGAUCCUGGACCAUGUAUUUUGCAUCAUUUUUAAGUCACCCAAGUUGCAGGAAGACAAACGUUGUGUAGUAGUUGCAGUAGUUCUGAAUUCUUGACUGUUCUGUGCUUCCACAUUGGUCAGGAACUUCCUGAAACGGCUGAUACUGCUGCCCCUCUGUCACCUGCAGACCCACAGAGAGGCAUUUUCUUUUCCACUGGAAUUGGGGUAGGAUUCAGUGUGUCCCAUCCAUAUUGUGAGACUUAGAUUACUUUUGUUGCUGAUAUUUAGCUUUGCAAGUUUGUUUUUGGUUCUGUUUUUUUGUUUAAUUUUCUUGGUUUUGUUGUGCUUUUUUAAAAGCUGAAGUGUAUAGUUACGAGUUGACUUUGGGUUUCUUUGUUUAGUCUGUGUAGUGGAAGGUUCUUCAUUUUGUGGAGCAGCUCUUUUUCUUCUUAAUCAAGCAGAGAAGAAGGUAGUUUAACCCUUUUCUCUUACUUUCAUUUUGAACACCAUCUCCCAAUACUCCUCAGUGUAUUAGGUGCAGGAAGGGCCAGAGCUCUUCGCUGUCACUGACUUUGGGUGAGUUCUCUUUUUAACACAAACUUCUGUCAUUUGUACAUAAACAAUAAAACUUCCAUGUUUGUCUCUCCUCAUGGUUUAUUUAGUCCAAACUUUGACUUCUGGUGCUUUUUAGCACCAGUUCACCUGCCUUAUGGGGACUUUGCUGGAAUUCUUCCCCUUCCUUGUCCUGUGGCCUUUGGGAGGUUCACUUGGUGCUUUCUGUGCUCGGCGUAGCUGUAACCAAGUUCUGCAGGGAGUGCCAGGCUCUGAUCUGCAGUUGUUUGGCUGAUCCAGCUGCAAGACAGCAAUGGGAUGUACAUGGUUCUGCUGAUGAGGGCAUAUUGCUUGCAGGGAUGAGCUGGCUGGACUGUCCCUGGAGCAGGACAGAGGAGUGAGGGCUGGGUGCUUCUCACAGCAGCCAGGUCCGAACCUUGGUGUUGCUGUUGAACUGAGCCUCGCUCAGAGUGUGGGGUUGCCUUCUUUAUCAGUGCUGGGAUGUGUUUGUGUAACCCCUGCUCGUGGAGGGAGAUGUGGGAAAGGGGCCUUAGGAAAGGGGCCAUGGGACAGGGCUGAGCCCCCGAGUGUGCAUGGCCCUUGGAACACCCCAGGGUUCAUGUCUUCUGCUCCCCUGAGGUUUGGGGUCUUCCUCAGCUCUCUCCAGGCACCAGGAGCAGAAUUCUGCUUUGGGCUGUGUCUGUUUGGGGAUCAAGGCAGCUCUGGUGUUGUUCCCGGAGGGAUCUGGCUUAUCCUGCAGGGAGCUGGCUCUGCUCAGGGACUGGUGGCUGCUUCUCCAUGGGAUAGAGCGGCUUAAAGGCCAAGCUGCAAAGCUGGCCUACUUCUGUGGUUCAGGUUACAGGGUUUAAGUACAGGGGUGGAAGAUCUAGGAAACAGCAUAAACGACAAGGCCUUGCUCCUUCAUAGUUCUGGGAAAAAAGAAUUCUCAGCUGAUGGUUUAGAUUUCCUGGCCUCAGUAUGAAAACGGUUCUGCUGCUGCUGCUGCUCCAAGUAGGGAUGGCUGGAACACCUGGAUUUCAGAGGCUGAAGUCUCUGCUGCACCUCUGACCUCAAGGAAAGCUGCCAGACUCUUUUGGGUGGAACAUUUUUGAGAAGCAGCAGAGGGCAGGUGUAGCUCAGAGCCUGUGUGCAGGCAGGGCCAGCUCCACGUUCCCUGUGACACAUUGGGGUGCUGCAGGGACAAUGGGGACAUGCAGCCAUUCCUGUCUCUGGCUGUGUUUGUCACCGAAGGAGGGGACAGGCUCUUGUGCCCGGCUCGAUGUCUGAUGGCAGCAGCCUGAGGGGGGCAUUGAUUGGGGCAGAAAGAAAUGGCAAACACUUGAUUAAGUCAAAGGAUCAGCUGUUCCCAGGAACUGCUGGGUCCUGACUCCAGCAGUUGUGCCUAAAACUUCCAUUUGACUUCUGAGCACUUCUGUUUUGCUUCCUGAAGAGCCUGAGUGACUGAAGACCCCCAGAAUGACAGGUGCCUGGGCAUAGGAGUCAGAGGGAGCUGCACAGGCUUUACCUGAAUGCUAAUUAAAGCUAAAAGUAGUGGUUAGAAAUGUAUCCUGAGUCCUUUGCUUGUGAAAGAUAAAUCCUGAGCAAAGAAAAGUGUGGAAGAGCAGCCACUGUCCUUAUGGACCCCAAAGGUGGAGCGUUAGGGAAACGCUAAUCCCUGCAGAGCCUCGUCACCAAGAGGAUUAGGCAGGAGUUCAUCUGGUCACCGAGGGGCAGGAGGGGCCGCUGCAUGGCUGGGUAAGGGGGCAGCGGGGAUCUGGCCCCGCAAGCGCUCCGGUCCCCUCUCGCCGUGCUGGCUCCUGGCGAGCCGGGACAGACCCUGGCACGUGUUGGCAUCGCUCCUUUAGUGCCCGGGGCUCUCAGUCGCGUGUCCCGGCCCGCAGGUGCCAUGGGCCGGCAGCGCGCACCGCCCGAGCCCGCCUGGAGGCGGCUCCUGCGCUCCGGCUGCCGCGGGCUCCUGGGGCUCUGCGGGACGGCGCUGCGAGGACUGCGGGGGCUCUGGAGCCUGACGUGGGUCCGUACCACACAGCCCCUUCCCCACGGACCCCUCCGCACCGGAGCCAGGCGCUGCUGGGGUGCAAUCGCUGCAGCGCUGCGGGAGAGGGACCCUCGCCCCGGGCUGGUUCUUGGCCCAGGGCGCUCUGUGCCUGUGCCCAGCAGGAGCCCUGGGAACGUGGGACUCCCCUCCGGGCUCUGCGCUGCACAGGGCGGCUGUGAGCCCUCCUCUCCCCAGGUCCUGCUGAUGUGCUACAAGAGCUGCUGGGACGGCGCCUUCCAGGUCACCGAGCAGCUCGGCAUAGCCCUGCAGCUUAGGCUAGAGAGGAGUGAGGAGGAGGAGGAUGUGGACUCAGAUUCUGCAUGGGAGCCUGGACAGACAGUGGUGGGGCAGCAGCGGCAUGGCGAUGCCAGCGAGGCCGUGCUGCGGAGGCUGGAGGCUCUGGAGGCCGAUGUCCGCUUCCUCUGCACCGAGCUGGGCGCUGAGAAGCUUCUGUGGAGCAGCCGCUUCCUGGAGCUGCUGCGGGAACAGCAAAGCCUGCGCCAGCGGCUGCAGGAGCUGCCGUGGCGGUGGAACAGUGGUGACAGCCCCGAGCUGCUAGGGGAAGCCGAGGAUCAAAGUGCCAGUGGGAGUGAGGGAGAGAGCCCGGAAGGAUGUCAGUGGAUGGAAGCACCUCAGCAACCACGUGGCUCCAUCCAGCGUGACAGGCAGAAAAUGUAAGUGAAGGUGUGAGCAGGUCCUCAGCAACCCAGGAAUGAUCCACACAUUCGGGAUCCUGCGGGACACAGGCCAGGCUGCAGUCCUGGCUGUAUCCCCGUAUGUGCCUCCAUCCCUCGCUGCUGGCUGGGCCCGGCCCCAUCCUGCAGAACUGCAGCCAUUUCCCAGGAGCAGGAACCAGCCAGAGGCAGGUCAGGACAAGCCACUGGCCCUGGGUCUGCCCCAGGACACAUCACAGCCCUCCCCACCCAGGGCUGCCCGUGCUCCACAGGGGCUGGCUCUGGUGAAGCCCACCGAGGAGCAUCCCCUCCUGUUCUGCUGCUUGUUGGGAGGUUCCAGGAACAAGGAGUCUGGUCAGUGCCAGCUGCAGUCACCUUGCACUGGGGUGAACCAUUGCAAAACUCACCCAGCGACGUCCUGAUCGAUGGCCAGAUCCGUCCUCUCCAGCAGCUGCUCCCGCACACAUUGCAACCCUGGGCCAGCUCCUCCCGACAGCAGUCGAGGGCAGCCGGCUCCCCAGGCACGGCUGGCAGCCUUUUGCUGGCCAGAAGAGCUGGGCUGGGAGCAGCAGCACUGCAGGGAGCAGGGCUGAGGGGCUGCCCGGUGCCCAGGACUGGCCCGGCAUGGGGGGCUGCAUCCUGCCCCACGCUCCCACUGUUCAAUACAGGCAGCCGCUCUCCAUCGGUUGUGUCUGCCUGGUCUUUCCCCAGCAGAGCUGGGACAGCUGCUCCAGUGCCCUGCAGCAACCCCCAGCUCUUUGGGGAGGGGGGCAGGAUGAGCUGUGGCUGAAGCAAAGCAGGGAGCAGCAAGCAGGGGCUGGGGCCAGGCUCCAGCAGCAGGCAGGAUCAGCAGAGAUCUCUCCUCCCAACGUGCCCGUGCAGCUCCCACAGGCAGGGAACUGAUGCAAUGCAAAUAUCAGCGGCCUGACUCACCCUGCACCCACCUGGCCCCGGCAGGGUGGAGGUGGCACGGCCCCGUGCUGCUCAGAAAUACCAAAGUAAACCAAAUCCUGCAAAUGAGCUGCUCUGGGGGCCCUGUUGCACUGAAACCCCAGCCUCAAGCUGGCCCACCCCUCCUCCCGCAGGAAUCCCAGCAGCAUCCAUGCUGAGACCAUGGGAGCACCAGACAGCGAUAUGACAAGGUCCUGUUCCUGCUGCAGCCACCAUUCAUCUCUCUGUAGCAAGCCUUGGGCUGGAAAUCCCCAGCCAGCACAGUGGCCAGGAGGCAGAGGGUGACAUCAAGCAGCAUUAGCCACAGACACCAGCUCUGCACCCCUACGGGAGCAGCCCCGCACCACAGCACCCACACAAGGCAAGAGCCAUGGAAACCUUUCCCCAGCCAAAGCCUCCUGACCUAUUGCUUAACCUGAGGCUGUAUUUACUCCAGCGCACUUGCACAGUGCUCCCCAGUGCUGGUCAGGGGCCUCAGUGGCUUUGUCAGGUGGGCUGAGCAGUUGCUGCAGCCCCAGACAGGGCUUUGGCUUCCAGGGACAACCCCUGGCCUUGGGGAGCACCGGGGUAUUCGGGGCCCUUAGGAAAGCUUGUGAGAGAACUGAAAAUCAUGUGGCUGGAGGGCAAGUGCUGACAGCACCUCCACCACCACCCCAUCCCAGCUUAGCCUCCCCCCAGUGCCCUGGGGCAGCGCCCAAGCUCAUCCCCAGCACCUUUCCCUUCUCCUGUGUGCAAUACUGACUGCAGUUAGCUUCCUGCAGUCCUGGCUCACAGGGAGGCUGUGCUGCAGCAGCAGUUUGGGAUGCAGGGCGCAGAGCUGCUGCCAUGCUUGGCACAUCUGUUCCUCUUUAUGGGGAGAGCAGCAGCCCCAGCACUGGGGGAACAAGGGGUUGAUGCUGAAUCUGCUUCCAUGGAUAUCACAUAGAUCACUGCACCCUCACCAUGGUACACACACCCCCAUCCAGUUUCCCACAGCCUGCACAAGAACCUUUCCCAUUCCUGCCUCUGAAAAUGCUUUAAAAUGUUGUUAGUAAACUGAGUUAGCCACAUCCUGGAAACCCCCAAUGGGAGGAACCAGCUGAGUUCAGAUGGAAGUUUAGGGAGCAAGGGCAGCAUGGGGCAGUGGGGCCAGGGAGGGUAAGCAAGCCCUGGAGAGCAGACUGGCCUGCUUGGAGGAACCAGCCUCACCUGAAGCUCAACACGAGGGUUCAGUGGCACACAGCUGACAGGAUGAGGGCUGGGAAGCCCCUGAGCACAGGAAGCCUUUAACAGGCCCAUGUGUGACCUCCUUUCCUCCAAGCUGACACACAGAUCUGACCCAGUUUGGCUCACCCAGAACACAAAGCAAACACCCAGCAGUCAUAGCAGGCUCUACCCCCAAGCCCCAGGAAGUGCUGAGCCAAAGGAUGCACCCCAAAGACCCCAUCUUAACAGCACCAGCAGGGUUGCCAAAGUACACAGGCAGGCAGCCCCACCACUCCUGGCACUGAGGAGUCUGUAGGGGAAAAAAUGUGCAGCAGCAACAGUUCCCAUGAAGAUUCCCAUUUCCCAAAUCUGGCACCACAGUGAGCUUGGGAAAGGGGGACACAGAACUUUGUGUGAAUGAAGGAGAAAAUUCAGAGCACAGCAGUGGGACUGUGGCUGGGCUUGCUGGCUGCCCCAGCAGCACACACAGCAGUUUUGGGGGAGUAACUUCCACCAGGAUCUGUGCUAGGGCCUGACCCUCCCAAACUACUCCCUGUGCCACCAGGACUGUCACUGCAAUAGAAACAUCAUAUCAAAGUCAGCCAGCUCCAACUCUUCCUCUCCUGGUUGUAAUAAUGAACCUCUGCACUUCUACUGAUUCCUUUAAUUGUGUCAAUGCAGCUUUGAGAGACACAUCCACCAGAACUAGAAUUACCUAUUACUGGAACACCAGCCUUAAAACCCUGCAGCAUUUUGCAGCUACAGAUCCCAUUAUGGACAGCAGCAAACUCCUCACCUGGUUAAAGGUGUGCUCAGAUCCCUGACACACCACUCCAUCCCCCCCACACCGAGCCACAUGAGCUCUGUCACUGCAGUGAUGUCCUCAGAGGUUUCCACUCCCAUAGUCAGUGAAGACACUUCCGACUGUGAGGCUGCAGGUUUGUUUUGAAAUGCAGCUGGUCUCUGGGAGCACCUGCCUCCCUGGGUUCUGAUUAACUAGAGUCACUGCCCUGUGGUAAAUGAAGAGCACAAGUUUCAAUACAGACCAUAAAGUUAUUUAACCAGUGAGAUAAGAACAUGCUGUGCUGCAGUGGAGCAGGUGGGAGGGGAACACAACGUCAGCACUGAUAUUCCUGCUGCACUUCCAAACCAUAACAAAUCUUCAGAGUAAAACCUGGAUUAUGUUACCAUUCACAUAUUCCACUCAACAUCUGACACAGAUGUACUGUAACUGGAUAAAAUAUGUAUUUAUUUUCAGGCUGUACUGUGGAAUUGCCCCUUAAAGGCAAGCACAGUCCAUGCUGAUUCCAAAAUUGCUGAGUGUGCUGUGCUUUAGCACCUGAGACAUCCACUGUGGUGCUGAGUGAGAGCCAGUGCUGCUGCUCAUCCCACCUGCCCUGCCAGUGCCUGCCCCGGGCACUGACAGCCCCAGUAACACCAAAUAAACAGCAGACACUGCACAUGCUCUUAUCUGCCACAGCACAUGGAUGUUUUGGUCUCGCUGCAUCGAUUAACA